UACAAAGCCUUUGGCGACACCUGGAAUACGUUCUCCGAAUCGGUCGAGACCUGUCGGGCUGACGGAGGCACCCUCGCCAUGCCCCGCGACGCCGGUAUCAAUGCCUUUCUCGUCUCCCUACAUAAGGAAGGCCGCUAUUGGUUCGGCUUACAUCGACAAGAGGACAAGUGGGUGUGGAUGGACGGCACCGCUCUGGGGACCGGCUAUAACCGGUGGGCACCCCGUGAACCCUACAUCUUAGCGGGGUCUUGCGCCAUGUACGAGAAAGCUGACGACUGUUGGUAUGCUUCACGUUGUGGCAAGACGGUGCACUUCAUCUGCCAAGUGUCACCAUCAGCUGCUCCAGACAAGUAACAGUGCGCCAUGCAUGUAAGUGGCACCGGUUCCAGUUAUGAAACGUGGGUUCCAGCAUCCUGG